AUUCAUCUCACACUGCCAGGAUGUUCAACGCACUCCAAACAGUUGUCAUAGCAAUUAUCCUGGCUCCCGCCGCCUCGAAGAUCCCUCUUUUCAUUGGUGGAUUCUUCCCUAUGACGUCAAUGUAUUACGACGGAUGGACGGGAGGCAAUGGGAUCCUGCCUGCUGCUGAUAUGGCGUUAGAACACAUCAACAGUGCUGGGAUUCUUGGUGACUAUGAAUUGAAAAUGAUAUGGAAUGACACUCGGGGAUCUCCAGGAUGGACCGAACAUCUCUUAUAUCAAUUCCUCUCAAGUUCUCCUCGAAAAAUUAUGCUGCUGGGGGCUGGGUACUCGUCUUGUAGUACUGUCGUGGCGGCUUUGGCUGGACUCAAUCCAUGGCGAAUACCACAGAUCUCGUAUGCGUCCACAUCACCCGCUCUAUCAGACAAGAUCUUGUAUCCCUACUUCUACCGAACAAUCCCAGAUGAUACCUCCUUCAACGCCCCUCGUUUCGCUAUACUCAAGACAUUCAACUGGUCCCAUGUAGGGAUUAUCUAUCAAGACGAAGAUAUACACAGAGCGGCGGUGGAACAUCUUCAACUUGAUAUAAGAAGCCGCGGGAUGAGGGAACUCACUGCUGAGGCGUUUAGAAACAGUGCUACUACUCAAAUGGCGAAUCUCAAGGCAAUUUCAGGUGGCUCUCCACCUUCUGAUCGCAUUCAACAAGUAAACAAACUCAUUUCUCCCUCAUUAAUACUUUACGGAUUCAUGGUCAGCACGAGCAUUAUCUGCAUCCUCAUUGCCUUUUUCUUCCUAUGGUUCAACACACGCCACAAAAAUAUCCGCUACAUCAAAAUGUCAAGUCCCAACCUGAACAAUAUCAUUAUUUUGGGAUGCGUGCUAAACUAUGUGUCUGUGGCUACUUUUGGAUUAGAUGGAUCUCUAGUGGAUCAUAGCUAUCAUUUUAUCUGUGCAAGUCGUUCUUGGACCCUUUCACUCGGUUUUAGUCUCGCUUAUGGCGCAAUGUUUUCAAAGACAUGGCGAGUACACACUAUAUUCACCAAUAGGAAGCUAAGAGGAAAGAUUGUUAAAGACCGUCAUCUACUGGCUAUUGUCUUUUUAUUGCUAGUGGUUGAUGUUACAUAUCUCAUCAUUUGGCAAAGCAUCGAUCCUCUUAAGCGAAUAUUGUACGAGGCUGAAGUUGAGGUGUCCUCACAUAACCACGUAGAGAUAGUAUACCAAAUGGAACACUGCCAGUCUUCCUCCACCUAUCUUUGGCUAGGAAUACUCUUUGGUUAUAAAGGAAUUUUACUUCUGUUUGGUGCGUUCUUGGCUUGGGAGACCAGGAAAGUCACUAUUACUGCUCUUAACGACUCAAAAUAUAUUGGUUUCUCAGUUUAUAAUGUAUUUAUUCUGUGUGCUAUUGGGGUUCCUGUGUCGCUGGUUCUCAAGGAUCAUCCCGAUGCAUCAUUCUCUAUAAUAUCUAUUCUAAUCAUCUUUGGGACAUCGUUAACUAUUUGUUUCGUAUUCAUACCCAAGGUAACAGAAUUACGUAAGCACAUGCAGGUGGGUGGUCGACCCGAACCAAUUGAACGCACCUUCACAGUAGGGAGUGUUUCACGUAAUAACCUGGACGAUGGUCUAUCUACACUAAACAGUAACCAUAGAAGAGAAAUACAGGAGUAUAAAGACAAACUAGAAGAGAAAGAAGAAGAAAUCAUUACCCUUCGCAAACGACUUCAAGGUUACGAGGAAAUAGCAGAUUCCAGUAAAAAACAAUGCCAGGACACCUUAAAAAUCAAUAAUCUACAAGCAGCAAACACCAUAUGAUAUGUUAAAAAUAUACAGUUCUUGGUCGGCUCAAACGGCUAAAACAUUUGUGUUGGAAACUUACUACAAGACCCAGGGACGUAGCCAAGGGGGCCAAGGGGGCCCGCUCCCCCAUCCUCGCGCUGUAGAACCUCCACCCCUGUAAUGCCCUGGGAGUGAGGUCCAGAUAGAAAUGAAAGACAUGAGAUGGAAUUGGAUUCAGAAAUUGAUUUUUACGGAUGGAGGAAAGACUGAAGAACCUGGAUAAAAAUAUUUGAAUAACUGACAAGGAUAAGGAAAUUGCAGUACGAUUUUUCGAAAUAAGAAUCCCAAAUAGGAGAUAUCGGAGUUACACUCUAGUGCCUUCAGAACGUUUCUAUACAUUUCAUUGUAUUGACCCAAAUGCCUCGACUUGAAACGUUUGAAGGCAACAGAGUUUAACUCCGAUAUCUGCUAUUGUUUUUGCUGAACAAAAGCAACUAGCUCUUUCUUUCUUUCUUUCUUUUUUUUUAAGGAAAAAAUAUAGAUGCGGUGGUAUUCGAAUACACGCUUGGCUCGAGAAAUUAGAUAUUCAAUUUAAAGAAAAAAAGAAAAAA